AUGAUCAUCAUCUAUCAGCGCCCUACACUACUCAAUUUAUUGGGCCCUAUUUUCGUCUCGACACUAUUUAGCUUCAUCCUUCAUGACCAUAACAUUACUGUUGCGCUUCUUGUCAUUGGUGAGGCCAUCUACAUUCUUUUUCUUGUCACCCUCAUUCCUGCCCUUGGUCGCGACCAGCCGCAACAACCUCAGCCAUCCACUCCUGAUCCAUUCCAGGUCCCGCAAGUUCCUUCUCACUCUCAGAUGCCCACUCCUGAUACAGGACACUUUGAAGUCAGGGACUCUAGGAUUAGUAGGUUGAUUGCUGGUGAUACUUGUUCCUUCAUUACGCUGGACUCACAGCAUCCACUUCCUGCACCCACCUUGGCUAACCGCACACCUACUCAUUUCCUUUCCCUGGGCCACAACCACUGGCCAACCUUUCACUCGCCGGCACCAACCAACUCCUUCCUCAUAUCGCCUCUUGCUGACAUGCACUGGGCAUUUGCGCAUGGUGUUCGUGGUGUUGGGAAUGGCAUGGUGGAGCUCCAGCCCAUCAUCUGCAAGCUUGGUCGAACCCGGUUUGAACGCGAACCGGACCUCCCCGAACGUGUUCGGUGA